AUGAAAGUCGUGAAAUCAGCCAAGCACUAUACCGAAACCGCACUCGACGAAAUCAAGUUAUUGCAACGCGUAGCCGAAGCAGAUACACGAGCGAUCGGAUCCAACUAUGUGACGGCUGUGGUCGACCAUUUCAUGAUGAAGGGACGCAACGGAACACACGUGUGCAUGACUUUUGAAGUAUUGGGCGAAAAUUUGCUGGCGCUGAUCAAACGAUACAGGAACCGCGGGAUCCCUGUGCAUCUCGUCAAACAGAUUGCCAAACAGAUGCUGUUGGGCUUGGAUUAUUUGAAUCGGAUCUGUCACAUCAUUCAUACGGAUUUGAAACCCGAGAAUGUGCUCAUGUUUUUGGAUAAUGCAGAGGAAUUGCUCAGGGAGCCACAGUCGUCGACGACGACGCUUACUGAUGAGGAUGAUCAUGAACGUAGUCGUGGACGAAGUCGAUUACGUAAAAAACCUGACGAGGAUAGCAACAGUUGCGUGAAAACCGUGGCGUCACAGCCAUUGUCGUCAGAUGGUAGGAGGAAUGGUCGUCCCGGUCGUGCUAUUGAGCCAAAAUCACGUAAGGACAGAUCAGAGCAGGGCAGUAGGAGACCGAACCGUGAAACGAUAAAGAUCAAAAUUGCAGACUUGGGGAAUGCAUGUUGGGUGAACCAUCACUUUACCGAAGAUAUCCAAACCCGUCAAUACCGAUCACCCGAAGUGCUUUUGGGCGCCAAAUGGGAUGCCACUGCAGACAUUUGGAGUUUAGCAUGCAUGAUUUUCGAGCUCUUGACUGGCAAUUAUUUAUUCGACCCACAAAAGAGUUCUCGGUUUAGUAGAGAUGAUGACCACUUGGCACAAAUGAUCGAAUUAAUGGGACCCAUGCCACGCCACUUUGCAUUGUCAGGCGCCGACGCACGCGAGUUCUUGAAUCAUCGAGGCGAACUGCGACACAUUACACGGCUAAAGUACUGGUCACUCAAGGACGUGUUGCAUGAAAAAUACGGAUUUCACCGACGCGAGGCCGAAGAAAUCGCCAGUUUCUUGGAACCCAUGCUACAGUAUGAGAACCGAGCUGAAGCGUUGGACAUGUUGUACCAUCCUUGGAUCAAUGGUGUAGAACCUAUCUUGGAAGGAGAACGGAAAGAUGAAGUGGAGUGGCAAAAGCAUGCACGACCUUGGAAGGAAUGGGAAAGAAAGUUUAAUAAGCGAAGGCGACGACCUUGAAUACACCACCUUGUCAAUUGUUCUCUUUGAUCUCCACCUGCAAUUGGAUGUGGUUUAUGCACACACACAAACAAACAAAAAAGAAACAAAUUAUGUGCUCCAUUCUUGAAAAAGACUUGAAGGGUACCUAGCCCCU